ACGAUGAGAGGAUCCCAUUUCGUAUUCUUUUCGAACCGAUAAAAAUACAUAAAGUAAAAAAACAGAAGGAAAGAUAAUAACUUACUAACAACAGUGCGAUCAAGUGCGAUUCUAGACGUCAAGAAGAGUGUAUCUUUAUCCGCUCGAAGAAGCGGUAAAUGCAAGGUGAACAUAACCAAAAACACGAGGAAGAAGAACAUCAGAGACGCAGAAGCGUGAAGUGCAUUCUAUCCUAAUCAAAAACAAAGAAACAGUAACGGUGAAAGUCUGAAAAAUCGUUGGGUUGACGCCGUUGUCACUUUCCAUUGUAUCCUUAUUUCGGCUGGCAUGAGAUAUCAUCGUGUCGAAAGCGAUUCAAACGACCAAAGAGAGAAGUCACGUUGCGAAAAAGAAGAGAAAGAAUAGAAAGAACAAGAAGAAGCGGGAGAGUUAGACGGUCAUCUUCCAAGAUUGAAACGCGUAGCCCGACGAUCGUUGCCCGCGUAUUUAUCAUUGUAGGUCCGAUCCCGGUGCUCUUGUCCCCGCAUUGCGGCGGUAUGAAAUAACAAGGGGCUUGAUUUGAUCGACAAAACCGGCGACGUUAGAGGCGGCGACCGCCUGAUUCGUAGUGUCCGUACUCAGUCCUCAGUGUAGGCUAGUCGGGCGCACGGUAGUCGUUGUCUGGACAAUAUCUACGCGACACUUGUUUUUUUGUCACCCGAACAUAAUCCUUAAAGCGACAUUGUUCUACCUCAAGAGACACUUGACGCGCGAAAAUAAUUCUGAAACUGUGAACGGUAUACGGUUAACGGUUCCCGAGGGUGUUGGACGAAAGAGGUUAUAUUCGUAUAAACAGACCGUCGAGAAAGCAACAAAUAUACGUAUUUCAGAUCUAUAUACUGGUUUACUGUGAUUUUUGUUCAUUGAAUCCUGGUCGAUCUUGACAACGAUAAUCAAAUCGGCAUAAAUCAUUAAGGAAGACGGAAAGGAACGUUUGGGAGAAGGAUUUUGACAAGCAAAGUGUUCGAUACACGAGACGCACAAACAUGGCGGCAAACAUGAGCAUAGAAUCCUCCGGAUUUCUUUACGAUAUGGUCACGGAGGACUUGUGGGGAUCUUGGGAAUCCGCGUUGGAUUAUUUUGAGUACACACCAUGGGUGUUUUCUCUGCUAGGAAGCACCAUGAUCGGACUGACCGGUAUCUUCCCGCUAUUCAUCAUCCACAUCGAUGAAGCUGCCGCUUUGAAGACAGGGGGAGACAGCGCUGGUACGCUGAAAAUACUGUUGAGUUUCGCGGUCGGCGGCCUUCUCGGUGACGUUUUCCUGCAUCUGCUGCCGGAAGCAUGGGGUAACAGCACGUUUCAAACAGCAAAAGAUGCUGGUCAUCCGUCGAUAGCCUGCGGCCUCUGGGUGCUCAGUGGUUUUCUGAUAUUCGUCAUAGCGGAGAAAUUGUUCAACUUCGAACAGGAAACCGAAAUUGACGAUGAAUCCGUGAUGUCGAAGAAAGAAGAACCACGUUGCAAUGGCGGUAUACAAGCGGAGAAAGAAAUGGAGAACAAUAAUUGUAUUACGCUGAUCAACGGCGACCCGAAAAACGAGAUUUCGAAGCGGUACGCUAAGACGGACUACCAAAAAUCUAUCGACGAGAUCCAGCCAUUUUUGGAGAAUAAAAACGGCUACUCCCACCUACAGAACGGGUACAAGAAUUCCCACAAGAAAAACGGUUUCGUCGGCAACGGUAUCAAACCGGUACUGAUGUGCAAUGAGUUCUCCAAUACACUGGGAGGCCUCUCGAUAGACGAGGCGAAGAAUUGCCUGAAGAAGCUGACACAGAUCAACGGCUUCUCUUCUGAACGGUCGAAGGGUGGCUGCUCCGAAGAGAAGAAAUUGCUCGUGGCUGAUGCUGUUAGCAUUAAAAAGACUGUUAAGAAAGAAAAAUCGAAACAUAUAACUGGCUACCUGAACCUGAUGGCCAACAUCAUCGACAACUUCACUCACGGUCUCGCGGUGGGUGGUUCAUUCCUCGUCUCCCUCCGUUUGGGAAUGCUUACCACAUUCGCUAUCCUCAUACACGAGAUACCACACGAGGUUGGGGAUUUCGCUAUACUGCUACGCAGUGGAUUCACCCGUUGGGAUGCAGCGCGGGCGCAGCUUAUCACUGCUAGCGGUGGCAUUUUUGGCGCCAUGUCGGCGGUGUUCUUUUCUGGCGGUGAAGUAGGAGUGAAAACAAGUUGGAUAUUACCAUUCACGGCGGGUGGUUUCCUUCAUAUUGGCAUGGUCACCAUCUUGCCUGAACUGCUUAAAGAAUCUAAUCCCAAAGAAUCGUUGAAGCAACUUGCUGCGCUACUUUUGGGUAUCGUCCUGAUGGCUGUUCUGACGAUCCUUUGCGACUAGAAGGAUUCCGUUUUCUUUCUUUUUUUUUUUUUAAAUACCGUUGAGUUUAGCGAUCGAUAUACACUGUUUUGCGCAUACUGAAAUUAGUUCGUUUUUUUGUAUGCUAGUACUCGGUACGUGUCAGAACGGUAGUUCGAGUUGCCAUAUGCCAUAUAAGAACGUUAUUCCUUGUAAUACUGGUUGCUCAAUAGAGAUGAGUCUACGUCUAGUGACAGCGGAGAAAUGAGGA